AUGCCUGUUUUUGAAAAAUUGACUUUAUCUGAUCAGAUUGCAAAUCUAAGGAGUAUUUCUUAUUUGUUUACAUCAUUUACAAACACCUAUCUAGCAUGUGAAUUAGGUUCUGAAACGUGGACACGUAAAGAUAAUGUUAUGCCAGCUCUUGCUAUUAUGAAGCAUUUUGCAAAUGACGAUAAAAUGAUUAAAUGGUCAGAUUAUGGUUAUACAAAAUCUGUUGUUCACUUCAAACGUUUUGCAUUAACAAAAAUUGAAUUUGCUUUAUUGGUAGCUAUUAUCUUUUCGAAAGCGGAUGCUAAAGGCUUGUCUUCUGAAGGAAAGGAAUUACUUUAUAACGAAUCGUCUAAAUAUACAAAUAUUUUACUUCGAUAUAAUCAACGUAGAUUAGGUUUAAUUGAAGGGGCUCAGAGAUUGGAUGAAUGUUUUCGUUUAAUUAAUCGAAGUAUUGAAAAUGAAUUUACUAAUCGUUUAAUGGUCUCUCACCAACUUGAAUAUUUUUUAAUUAGUAAUGAUUACUUGAAAUGUUCAAACUUUUGA